UUGAUGGGACCACGUGUUUAAAUUGUAACAAUCAAUCCUCCUAAUUUGGAAUUCUUUACAACAAAAACAAACAUGGCGGCUUCUGCCUUGAUUGUUCCUUUGAAAAGGAGGAAAGUGAAUGCUGAAGAAGAAUUUUGUGAUGAGUUUUUGAAACUUGAAGAUGACCUUUGUAAAAAACUAUCGCCGCUAGUGUUUUCUUCUCCAAUAACGCAUGUGUAUAACCCGCUUGAAUAUGCCAGAGAAACACAUGAAGAUUAUGUCAAGAAGUACUGCAAAGCUGGGCAAAAAGUGCUCUUUUUGGGAAUGAAUCCUGGUCCGUUUGGAAUGGCUCAGAACGGGGUACCUUUUGGAGAUACCAAACAUGUCAUAGAUUGGCUUGAAAUAAAAGGUAGUGUUGAGAAACCAGUUCGAGAGCAUCCUAAAAGACUUAUACAUGGACUUGACUGUACAAGGGCAGAAGUCAGUGGUAGCCGACUUUGGGGUUUCUUUCAAGAACACUGCAAAUCACCAGAGACAUUUUUUGCCAAUUGUUUCAUUCACAAUUAUUGCCCACUGGUGUUUAUGAAAUCAAGUGGUAAGAAUGUUACACCUCCUCAGCUGCCCAAGAAAGAGAGAGAGACUUUGUUGGAGCUCUGUGAUAAAUCUCUGGCAGAUGUUGUGAAGUUGAUGGGAGUGAAAAUUGUUGUUGGUGUUGGGAAAUUUGCAGAGGAAAGAGCUCAGAAGGCUUUAAAAGACAGUAAUGUUGAAAUCUAUUCAAUCAUGCAUCCCAGUCCAGCAAGCCCUGCUGCAAAUAGCGGUUGGAACAAUAUUGCUUUAACAAAACUCACAGACCUUGAUCUCAUGUGCUACAUCAAAAAUGAACAUUUAAAUCCAGUAUUGUCCUGAUGAUAAACCCUCUGGUUAAUAUUCACUGUAAACUAUCUUAUUUUGAUAAACUUUGAUCCAUCAGAAAGAUGAUUGGUACAACGAAUGAUGCAUUCUGUAUAUAGUUUGAAACAAUUACAAUUUUUUUACCUA